UCCCACCGCCUGAAUAAAAUCUCUUUCCUUCCAGAGCCGCGCCAGAAGCGGAGGAGGCUGAGCGGGACUGGUGCGCGUCUUCCAGCCUUGCUUUGGUGCAAAAGGACUUUCCUCUCUUCCUCCUUCUUAGGACUUGUGUUCUGCAAGAGGAGAGAGAACUGGGGUCUCCUCUGAGUUUCCCCCCACUAAACGGAACGGCUUAAGAUGCCCGCUGGGAAGAAACAACCCGCGAAGAUGCCCAAAAGGGAAAAGAUGCGAAGAUGCCCGAAAGAGAUGCCCAAGAAGAGGGAGACUUUGGGUAAAGGCAAGGCGCCCUCCCAAUCCGGCCCACCACCCACUCCAUCCUCGGGCAAAUCGAUGGGGCUGAGGCUGUUCCCCGAAAGGGAUCAGGUUUGCCGGGUUGACCCUGGAGCUAUCCGACAGAUCAGCUGCAAACACGGGUACCUGGCUGUCGUGGGGACGCAGAAGCGAGACGUGUUGGUGUUUGAGCCAGCAGCUGGGAAGCCAGGAUGCCCAAAUGCGGCCAGGAGGAAACCCAAACACAUCAAGUUGAAAAAGAACAGCAAAGUGGAUUUGUUGGACUCUGAAGUAUCUCACCUGCUCAUCCUAUCAUCAGAAGGAAGACUUUCUGAACACAGUCUUGCAUCCAGAAGUGUUAAUUCAGAACCAAGAUUACUGAAAGAAUUAGGAAACAAGCGGAUUGUUCAAAUUGCGUGUGGUGACCAUCAUUCUAUGGCGCUUUCAGAAGGAGGAGAACUCUUUGCCUGGGGUCAGAAUGAAUAUGGUCAACUUGGAGUGGGAAGGAAGAGCAGCACUAUUGGACAACCACAGCCGGUGUGGCCUCUUGAAAACGUUCCUCUGGCCCAAAUUGCAGCUGGUUCAGCUCACAGCAUGGCUCUAUCUUUGUCUGGCACUGUCUUUUCUUGGGGAAAGAAUGCUUUUGGUCAACUGGGACUCGGAGACACAGCAGAAAGAUGCUUCCCUAUGCAUGUGAAGGCCUUGGAAGAUAAGAGAAUAGCAUUCAUUUCAUGUGGCGGAGAACACACUGCAGUUCUUUCAAAGGAUGGGAUGGUCUGCACCUUCGGAGAUGGUAGCCAUGGACAACUUGGUCACAACUCCAGAUACAAUGAAUGGUUUCCACGUCUGGUGACAGAGCUGUCUGGGGCUCAAGUAUCUCAGAUAGCUUGUGGAAGAUGGCACACUCUUGUCUACGUCCCAAACCUCGGGGAAGUCUAUUCUUUUGGAUCUGGAGCAGAAGGACAGCUUGGAAAGGGGGAGAAAUGUGACCGACUAAUACCACUUCCUCUUGAUUUGACUGUGAAUGGCCAAAAGAUGAUCCGAGGAAAGAAUAUCCCGGAGGAAAUGGUUAAAAUCAUUGCUGGAGAGGACCAAAGCAUUGUGCUUCUGUUAAAGGAAAAGCAAAAAUAUGCAAAUUUAAACCGAACUCUUGCCAGAGUGGAGGAGGAAAAGACUGAAAAGUGGGCUUCUAAUUCGGAUCCUAAAUGCUGGCAGAACAUAGAACAGGAAAUUAAGUUGAUCUUCUCAUCUGCUGCUUGCAUCAAUGGAAGCUUUCAAGAGAAGAGAGAGAAAACUUGCAGAACAUCCUCAAAGGCUGCCAAUGUGGAUAUGCCAGCAGUGUUCCUUUUCUGUGAAAAGAUUGCUGCUAAGCCUAAAGUCAUCACACAGAUGUUGAAGGCCCUUCGAAAGCUUCUCAACUCUCUUUCAUUGGUUCCUGCCUCUCCUGAAGCACUCAGAGUCUUCCUCAUUGUUCCUGUCCUCUUAUGGAAGGAGGCUAUUACAUCUGAUUGUCUCCUUGGUCAACUGGCACAAGCCAUCUGCAAACUUCCAGAAAAGGACAAGCAAAUCCUUGAAACCUGGUGGUCUAAUCUAGACGUCACAUUCUUCAAGGAUCUAGUGGGCAUGUAUCAAAGACUUAUCAGUGCCAAUCUUUCUUCUGUCAUUAAACACCUGAGAUGUUCAGAGAGUGUAACCCUAUCAGUGGACUUCGUUUGGCCUCUUCAGGUUCUACAGAUGCUUUAUGAGGUAAAUCGCAAGACCAACUUCACAAUCCAAGAAAGCAACUUUUACAUUCCUGAACUGAAAAGAAUAUUGGCUCCUCCAAGUAGGAAUAACAUAUGGAAUGAGGAACAACUGAUACGAAGACUUGUUUCAAAGGGGGACGAAAUACAACUUGCCUUUGAUAUACUCAGCCAGUUCCCUUGCAUUUUUGAGUUGGAAGAUAAGAUUCUUCUGCAUACACUAUGCUGUUUGUUUCGGCAUUUUAACUACAGCUUGAACAACCCUGGCAUUGUUAGCAAGCUGCACGUUAGAAGGCAACAUUUGAUGCAGGAUACAUGGCAAUGUAUAAGAAGUGUAUCAUCAAACUGGUUUCAGCAGUUUUUUAAAGUGCAAUUCGAAGGAGAGCCUGGGAUUGAUGAUGGAGGCCUGUCUCAGGAAUUUUUUACCAUCCUCGUAAAGGAACUGUGUGCGCCCAAAUGUCGGAUAUUCACACAUUUUGAUGAGUCGCAUCUGAUUUGGUUUCCACCCCAGGUACCAGCACAAAAAGACAUAUAUUUUCUAAUUGGGAACCUGUUUGGGAUGGCACUCUAUAACCAGAAGAUUGCUGCCUUUCCUUUCCCUCUUGCUCUGUUCAAGAAGAUGGCAAAUGUUCAACCAACUCUGGAAGAUUUGAAGGAGCUGUUUCCUACAAUAGGAAGAAGUCUUCAGACAGUCCUGGAUGAACAGCGUGAAGAUGUCAUUGAACUCCUCCAGUUGGAUUUCAUGAAAGUGGAAGAACAUGAAGGAUCCAGAACUAUGAUUGAGCUGAAAGAAAAUGGUGCCAACCUUCCUGUCACUAAGUCCAACAGAAAAGAAUAUGUGGAUGCUUAUGUGCAUUACAUAUUCACCACAUCGGUCGAGAAGCAGUUUGCAGAUUUUAUGCGUGGAUUUGAAAGAGGCUGCCCAACUGGAAAGUGGAAAAUCUUCAAUCCUAUUGAACUCCAACUUGUUCUGCUUGGACAUAAAAAAUAUGAUUGGGAACAAUUUGAAAAGAAUGCAAAGUAUGCUGGUUAUGAAAAGACAGAACAAAUAAUAAAGGAUUUUUGGGAUGAGUUUCAUGAUCUUCCUGAAGAGAUGAAGAAGGAUUUUCUUGCUUUCCUUACAGGAACCAACCGCAUUCCAGCUCAAGGGAUGGAAAAAUUCAUAUUCACAAUUACUGAUUCAAGGAAAGAAGACCCAGACUUGUGGUAUCCGGAAGCCUCUACUUGCUGUAAAAUCUUGUUCCUUCCAAGAUAUAGCAACAGAGAUGUUCUCAAGAAAAUGUUCCUUACUGCUCUAGAGUAUUCUGAAAAAUUUGGCCUCUCCUGAAAUCUGGAUGUCCCUUUGAAUGUGCUUUCUGCCAGAAAUGUCCACCAUUUCUGUCCAUUUCAGCGAUGGGUAAAGUGGAGAUUGUGAGCCAUAUACAGCCCUCAAAUGUUUUUGUUUGCCCAACCCUCCAAUACAGUAGAGUCUCACUUAUCCAACGUUCUGGAUUAUCCAACGCUUUUUGUAGUCAAUGUUUUCAAUACAUCGUGAUAUUUUGGUGCCAAGUUUGUAAAUACAGUAAUUUCUACAUAGCAUUACUGUGUAUUGAACUACUUUUUCUGUCAAAUUUGUGGUCUAAUAUGAUGUUUUGGUGCUUAAUUAGUAAAAGCAUAACUUAAUUUGAUGUUUAAUAGGCUUUUCCUUAAUCCCUCCUUAUUAUCCAACAUAUUCGCUUAUCCAACGUUCUGCCGGCCCGUUUAUGUUGGAUAAGUGAGACUCUACUGUACCAAAUAUUUUUCCUGGUUGAAUAAUAAAUGAGUUUUGCAGUUCUUUUAAUUUUUCCAGGAGUAGUGGUUUGGUGGCUUUGAUAGGUUUGAGGCAAAGGGUUUGGUUGUCCAGGAAAAUUCAGAAAUGAAAACAGGUUGUGCUCGUUUGGCCAUCAUAUGUUGGACAUAUGGGAUGACAUGAUUCGUUAGACAAUAUUGUAAUAUAAUAAGACCCAUGUAACAGCAGAACCCAUAUCCGUGGUUUCACUUAACCACGUCUAGGAAUUUGCUAGGUUCUCCAGGCAAUAGUAUGGUACACUUUCCCUGGAAGGUACAAUUGAAUUGCAUUUGCUAACCGAACAAAUUCCUAGUUAGAAUACCUCUCUGGGAAUCUCAAGGUUUUCCAGUGCAAUUCUGUGGUAUACUGGGGCCAGAAGUGAAGUGAUUCAAUUGUGUUUGAUUGCAUUAGUGGUUUCAUAUAACUGAUUAGAGAGGAACAUAAUUCCUUUAAUACAGUGGUUCUCAACCUGGAGUCCCCAGAUGUUUUUGGCCUACAACUCCCAGGAAUCCCAGCCAGUUUACCAGUUGUAAGGAUUUCUGGGAGUUGAAGACCAAAACCAUCUGGGACCCCAUGUUGAGAACCACUGCUUUAAUGGUAGGCACCUAUAGUCAUCCACCCAUUUUGCAGUAUCAGUCAUAGCUAUACUUUUGUUUUAUUUGUAUUCACUUUACUGGCAAGAAGUGGGAAGUGGGAGGGAAAAAGGGAAACAAAUGAUCCUGAGUUUGCAAGUUUGUUAAUAACAGGGUUUCUUGAAGGUCUCCCAUUUAUUGGGUCUCUGUAAGUUAAAGCUGACUUAAUGGAAAAUAACAACUAUAUUGAGCACUUCCAAUUUCAUAGAAUCAAAGAGUUGGAAGAGACCUCAUGGGCCAUCCAGUCCAUCCCCUGCCAAGAAGCAGGAAAAUCGCAGUCAAAGCAGAUGGCCAUCCAGCUUCUGUUUAUUUAUUUUUCUAACUUUGUGCCACUUUAUGUUUUGGUGUGGCUUGGUGUGAAAUGUGCUUCCACUUCUUUCAAAGUUUAUCUUUGAUUUAUUUAUUCAACCAGGACACAUGUUAUUGUAAGAGAACAACAUGUUACUGCAAGAGAGAUUGCAGUUCUGUUUUGGUUUUUUUCUUUUCACUAUCAGUAUGGUGUAGCAGCUACAGAGAGUAUUUCCUUAUGUCAGAAGGCAACUGGGUUCAAAUCCCCAAAUAGUCAUGAUGUUCACUUAGGGCCCUUUGACACAGCCAUAUAACCCAGAAUAUCAAGACAGGAAAUCCCUCAAAUCAAACAAUCAACAAACAAACAAACUUUAUUUCUAGACCGCCCUCUCUCUCCAUGCCACAACUACUUCACUUAACAUCAAAUGACGAUAACAUAUUAUAAUAAAAAUUCCAAAUUAUACAAAACAAUAAAUUUAAACAUAACAGUCAAUAAAAACAUUAAUGCACAGAGCGAGCGUAUACCCAGACCGAAUUAAAUGACCAAGUUGCAGAAAAUGUUUGGCAUUUGUUAUAGUUUCACUUAGACCAUAGCUGCUAUGGGGUGCCAGUUAUGUUAAUCCUCCUCUCCGAAUGCUAAGGUGCAUAGAUGUGUCUUUAACUGUUUCUUAAAGGAAAGGAGGGUGUGGGCCAUUUUUAUUUCUUUAGAGAGGGAGUUGUAGAGGCGGGGGGCAAUCAUGGAGAAGGCCCUCUCGUACUCACCAGCCACACUUGUGACGGGGGUGGGACCAAUGUCUGCUUUGAACUGGGUUAUCUGAGUCCAAACUGCCAUGUAUUCCGGUUCAAAGCAGAAAAUGUGGGAUUUUAUUCAGCUGUGUGGAAGGGGCCUUGGUGACCUUGAGCUUAUCAUGACUUUCUUUGCGCCUGACUUACUUCACAGGGUUGUUGUGAAGCAAAGACUUGAAUUCAGCUUUGUGCAUUGUUCUGAGAUUUUUAAUUUUUUAAGGGGUAAAUAAAUAUAUUUCCUUACAAACCUUA